UGCCCAGACACACAAGAUGGCUGAGAUGACGUCGUACGACCGCAUGAUUGUUCAUCGCCUGGCAGCAUUUCUGGGCCUAGACCACAACGUGGACAGUACGGGCAAGUGUGUGAUUCUCAGUCGCACAGAAAAUACCAGGAGUGUGAAAUUGUCAGAUCUGGUUUUAUUUGAGGAUGUGGAUCAGGAGCCAAAGAAGAAAAUCCUGUUGAAGAAGCCACAGAGUCUGGAUGAAAAACAUGGCCGUUUAGGCAAAGUUCCGUUUGCAUCAAUCCGGGCCAAGUCAUUGGAAGAACGCCAGCAAAUUUACAUAGAAGCUCGGGAGAGGAUAUUCAAUAAAAAUGAGGAGAUGGAAGCAGCUUCAGCAGCCCCUAAUUUACUGACAGCAAACUAUAUGCCUCAACAAAUUCAUCAUCAACGGUCACUAGACAGCAGCACAAGGUCCAGCAGCCAGCUGUCCACAAGAUGGGUCAGCACUGAGUCCAGCGGCUACGGUACGGACAGCACUUCGUUGAGUGGCACCAGGUUGCGGGGCUGCAUGACCAAAACACACAGCUAUGGGGGCACUGCUUCUGAACCUAGUGCCUCACAGCUGGGCAUCAGUAUGCGGAGAACUCUGAGCUUAAGCAAAGCUGAAUCCCUGAAAGAUUCCCCACACACCCACUAUGGGAGUCCGCCUAUGCCUCAGACUGGUUGUCAGAUACCGAUGUCUGUAUCCUUCCCCGGAGACCACUCACACUUAUCCAGAUCCACCUCUGACGCCAGUUCAUCGCCACUUUCUCAGU